CUGAUACUUAUGUAUUUGGAAGUAUCAGGUUCAUUUCUACCAAUUUUGAACUUAGAUAGUAUUCACACGAUGGAACCACUCUCUCAAGGCCAAACUGAUAGGUACUCGUUGUUAAUGGAGAGGAUAGAUAAUUGUGACGCUGACAACAUUUUUACAUUGAAAGGAGGUAUAGUGCUUCUUCUACAACCAGUCCACAUCCCUAUUACGACGAAGAAAGAGCUUCUUCUAGCAGUGGGUUGCCCAUUCCUCAAUAUUUCUUUAGCUUCUUCUAAUGGUGAAAACUCUAGAAACUCCUCAUUUAGGAGGAUAAGUGAAGGGUAUCGACUUAGGCGUAGGAGGUCGUUCAAUUCUGGAAUGUGGAUUUUGAUUGAAAAUGUAUACAUAAAUGAUGUAGCUCAUACACAAGUAUACAAUUUAAAUUCAUUUUGUACCAUAUAA